AUGGUUGCAGAAGGGCUGAGUGCGCUUAUACACAAACAUAUGAGGCAAGGAAACCUACAUGGUAUUACUGUGGCUCGGGGAGCACCGUCCAUUUCUCAUUUACUCUUCGUGGACGACUGUUUUUUAUUUUUCAAGGCAAAUGCCCAGGAGAACUUGAAUAUGAAGUUGGCUCUUGACACAUAUGCAGCAGCCUCUGGCCAGAAAAUAAAUCUCGAUAAGUCCACAAUCUGUUUUAGUGCAAAUGUGGUAGUGCUGGGCCGUCAAGAUAUAGUUCAGAUAUUGGGUGUCCGGGAAAGGAAUACUGUUGGUCGAUACUUGGGCUUGCCAUCUUUGAUUGGCCGAAGAAAGAAGCAGAUCCUCGGUUUUUUUAAGGAACGCAUUUUAACCAAAAUUCGGAGUUGGAACUCCCGUUUUCUUUCUCGUGCAGGUAGGGAGGUGCUUCUGAAGAAUGUUGUCCAGGCAAUUCCCUCCUACGCUAUGAUGGUGUUUCUCUUACCUGUGGGCUUGUGCAAAGAGAUGGAAACACUAAUGAACGAAUAUUGGUGGACAGGCUCGGUUGGUAAGGGGAAAGUAAUAAGGUGGCGAUCGUGGGGAGGUUUGUGUGCUCCUAAGACCACAGGUGGCAUGGGCUUUAGGACGUUGGACGAAAUGAAUCUUACCUUGCUGGGAAAACAAGCCUGGCAUCUCAUCACGAGACCCUCUUCUCUAGUCACCAAGGACUUGAUGAAGGAUGGCUGCCGACGUGCGAUUGGGAACGGUUAUGACACAGUAAUUGGUAGCAUGCCUUGGCUGCCUGACGAUGACGAUCCAUAUAUACAAACAGAGGUACCCGGGGCGAUUGCAAGUGCAUCGGUGUCUUCCUUACUAAAUGAAGAAGGUACGUCAUGGGAUAGGUAUUGUGUCAAGGAUAUGUUCAUUGAACGUGAUGCUGGCUUAAUUUUAAAAAUCCCUAUAAGUGUGCGUAAACCCCCUGAUUCUUGGGUUUGGCAUUGGAAUCAAGGUUGCAAUAGGCGCUAG